AUGGACGAAGCACACAUAUGGCUGCAAGAAGCCAUCUCGGUCUGGAGUCCCGCUUCUCCGGAAUUCGGCUGCGAGCUCUCCCGAAUACACGAACCUUGUUACUUUUUGUUGAAUGGCGGGAAUUCCAAACCCCUCAACUACGUGAACGGAGCGGUUGCCGCUGAGGAAGAGUUUCCCGUCAUGGAAUCCGCCGUCUCGCAUUAUCUCCACCGCGGGGACAAGGGACGAUUGCAAGUAUUUCCAAUCAAACGCUCGAUCACCAAAAUUGAUCCAGAGAACCUGGAACCUCUCUCUACUCCUGAAAUCGAUGAUGAAGACGGUCGAGCAAGAAAGCAGUGCUUUGGCGCAGGGGAGGUAGAGGCACGCAUUUACCAGUGA